AUGGGUCGAAAUGAAUUUUCAACGCCUCAACUCCUUGUCAGGUCACCAAAGCCGGUCGGAAUUCCUCCAUAUCGGUCAUCCUUUCAACUGAUCCACUCGACUCAACCACCGCUUGGGAUACCGAAGUCUGGAUUCGCUCGUCCUUUCGUCCACGGAUCCAAACAACCCACAACGGCAUGGCUCGAAUGUCAUCGCUUGACGCCUCGGCUCCAUGUGAUGAUUACGCUUCACACCUCUUAUGGUCCACAUCUUUAUCAACCACAACUUGACCGCCGUCUUGAACACCAUAAAAAGCUGCUCAGCGUCUCAACUUACCACCGGACUCGAGCCAAAAAAACUAAAAAUUCGCUCAUCCGUCAUCCUGUCCAAGGAACCCCACUGUUCAAGAUGGUCAACAGAAAACUCUCACAGGUUCCUUGCAACCCGUCCGAUAACCGCCUUGACACCAUGAGCCGCGCAAUUCGAACUCGGAGCCACCAGGCUCUUCUGGAUCAAAAUAUGGGGACGCACAGGUUACCACCAGCCAGCCACUGGCACUCAAUUAGCCAGCAUAGCACACCCACGGUUUCACCAAAUGGCCAUCUGUUUCCUUUAGCACCAGUUUCACAAAACACCAACCCGUUUGCUUUAGCACCACCCUACAUACCUCCCUCAUAUCAAAAGACCGCGCUCUUGAGACGUCGUGCCACCCCCUGCCUUCCCCCUGCUGGCACGCCUGAUUCUAGUACGACCGAUUCUUCCACAUCUUGCAUCAACCCUCAUAUCAGCCCGUUCUUUAGUACCCCCUCAGCUGGUUCCUCAACCUCGUAUAAUUCGACCUCGUUCAAUAACUUAAGACCUGAGGAUACCUCAAACAGCGAGCCAAGCUCCCCUGUGAAGAGACGUGCGCCCAUGCCGGACUCUCCUCUCUUUGAUGUAAACAACGGCAAAGGACGGGUUGAUCCGUUUGAUGUCGUUGAUGAUGAUGAACUGCCACCUCUAUUAGAUGAGCAAGACAACGAGGAUGACUUGCCGAUUAUCGAUUUGAACGUACCCAGGGGUGUUGGGGGCCCAGCUCGUUCCACCAACAGCUCGACAUCUGCAACUCCAACCGACAUCCUUGCCGAACUUCCCGAUGAAGAACGCAGAUUUCAAAUUUAUUUCAAUCUUUUUCAACCUCAGUGCCCGGAUGAGCCGGACCCUAAAAAGCAGAAGCGUCCUCCUGGUGGCUCCCGGCCGAUCUCACGCAAACCUACCAAGGUCAAAUACAACAACUACGCUCCAAAAGUGCCUACCUAUAUCACCUUCCGACCUAAAGACAUGGAUUUCACGCUUUUCAAAAUCAAGCUUUUCAACUCUUGCAACGAACACCUUCCGGGAGUUUCAGAACUUCUCCAGCAGGCCUGGGCCCAAGGAGGGCUGUCCAUCAUGGGUUUCAUUAACGGUUCUAAGGGUUUCAAAGCUCAGGAUAAACAGCCUAUCAAGAAGCCUUCUCUUUUCGACCAUUCCUUUGAAACUUUCAACAAAGCCACCUUGACUGCACCUGCCACCUCCAAAAUGGGCUUCCGGAUUGUCCACGAGAACCCUUUGAAGAGCGAGGAAGCGCGUCGAUCUCUCGCUAGCACCCUCAAGACUUCUAGGUGA